GCCUCAGCCCACCACUUACACCCUCACAGCAGUCAUCACUCGUACACCAUCACACUGACGCACGCUUGCACCGCAGACCAUAUGGAGUACUACUGCUUUCUCCUGCUUUGGAUCUACAGCCAGCAGCUGGGGUUCCACGACUGCUUUAACAUCGACACAAAGAAAUACAGGAUCAUUAAAGGCCCUAAACAAGCACAGUUUGGAUACACUGUUCAGCAACAUGUGGCUGCUGGAGGAGAAAAAUGGUUAUUAGUGGGUGCCCCUUAUGAAAUGAACGGUGCUUACCAGACGGGGGAUGUUUAUAAAUGCUCACUGAGCAAACGAACCAACGGCAAUGGUUGCGCCAAGCUCAAUUUAGGAAGGAUAUCUCUGACAAACGUAUCAGAGCGAAAGGACAAGAUGAGACUGGGAAUGACGCUUACAUCUAACCCUAAAGACAACAGCUUUGUGGCCUGUGGACCAUUAUGGUCGUAUGAGUGUGGAAGCUCGUACUACAGCACUGGCAUAUGCUCCAGAGUCAAUGCAAGCUUCAAGUUCUCCAGAACAAUCGCCCCUGCCUUUCAGAGGUGUGAAACCUACAUGGACAUAGUGAUUGUUCUCGAUGGCUCAAACUCCAUCUAUCCCUGGUAUGAAGUGCAGGCUUUUCUCAUCAACAUUCUUCAGAAGUUCUACAUUGGGCCCGGUCAAAUACAGGUUGGAGUUGUGCAGUAUGGUGAGAAGGUUGUCCAUGAAUUCAAACUCAGUGACUACAAAUCAGUAGAGGAAGUAGUGAAAAGGGCACGCAGUAUCGACCAGCGGGGUGGUGAGGAGACCAACACAGCUCUGGGCAUCAACACAGCACGCUCACAAGCUUUCAAACACGGAGGACGACGUGGGGCCAAGAAGGUGAUGAUUGUGAUAACUGACGGAGAGUCACAUGACAGUGCUGAUCUCCAGCAAGCCAUUGAGGACAGUGAGAAGGACGGGAUCACCCGCUAUGCCAUUGCUGUUCUUGGCUACUACAACCGCAGAGGAAUCAACCCCGAGGCCUUUCUCAAUGAAAUCAAGUACAUUGCCAGCGACCCGGAUGACAAACACUUCUUUAAUGUGACAGAUGAGUCAGCGCUGAAGGAUAUUGUGGACGCACUUGGAGAGCGAAUCUUCAGUUUGGAAGGAACCAGUAAGAAUGGGACAGCGUUUGGCCUCCAGAUGUCUCAGGCUGGAUUUUCCGCUCACAGCCUUGAGGAUGGGACUCUGGUGGGUGCUGUUGGGGCUUAUGAUUGGAACGGAGCUGUAUUGAAGGAAACACGACAGGGGAAGGUGGUCCCUCCUAAGUUGUCCUAUGCUCAGGAGUUUCCCGAAGAGCUCAAAAACCACGGUGCCUACUUGGGGUACACUGUGACGUCUGUGGUGUCAGCCAGAAAUGGUCGUCUGCUCGUAGCGGGUGCUCCACGAUUUAACCACACCGGCAAAGUGAUCAUCUUCACACUCAAGAACUCAGGCAACCUCACCAUCCUCCACUCCCUCAAAGGCCAGCAGAUUGGCUCCUAUUAUGGCAGUGAGAUUGCACCUGUGGAUAUCGACGGAGACGGUAUAACUGAUAACCUUCUGGUGUCAGCACCGAUGUUCUUCAGCGCAGGCUUGGAGAAAGGAAAGGUCUACAUCUACAGAGUCACAGAGCUGAAUCGUUUCUUCCUUGAAGGAUCGUUGGAAAUUCACAACGGUGUCCAGAACGCUCGCUUUGGCUCUUCACUUGCUCCUGUCCCUGAUCUGAAUGGUGAUGGGUUCAAUGACUUGGUGGUGGGAGCUCCACUGGAAGAUGAGCAUAAAGGAGCCAUUUAUAUUUUCUUUAGCCAACAAAACAGAAUACUACGCAAAUAUAAACAGAGAAUAGCAGCUGCAGAUUUGGCUCCUGGCCUGCAGUACUUUGGCCGCAGUAUCCAUGGCGUAAUGGACAUGAACGAUGAUGGUUUAGUGGACCUAGCUGUAGGCUCCCUCGGUGCUGCUGUUCUACUUUGGUCCCAGAGCGUUGUUCGUAUUUAUACCACUGUGAGGUUUGAGCCCAGUAAGAUCAACAUCUUUGUGAAAGACUGCCAGAGAGGUGGCAAAGACGUGACCUGUAUGUCAGCCAUUGUAUGUUUCAACAUCACAGCCAGGACAGCCAUUUCUCCCACACAGGAAAUUGGGAUCAAGUACAAUGUCUCUAUCGCGGAGAAACGUUACAAUCCUCGGGCGAUGUUGGAUAACCCGAAUAAGAUGCAGCCUCAAAACUUGACCCUGCUUCCGGGAGAAGAGACCUGCGAACACAUCUACUUUCACGUCAUGGAAACGACCGACUACGCCAGACCCAUAGUGUUCACUGUACAAGUGGCACUACAAGAUCCAGAAAACGCACCAGUUCUAGAUGACAGCUGGCCUACUGUGGUGAAGACUGAGCUGCCCUUUUGGAACGGCUGUGACGAGGACGAUCGCUGCAUCCCUGACCUGGCGCUGCAGAGCAUGAAUGACCUGAUGACUCCAAAACAGUUCUGUGCACAGUCCAUACAGUCUCGUGGUGCCUUCUGUCGCCGCCAAAGCGAAGGGGAGACGGAGGGAUCUCUGAGGGUGCUAGAGGCAACCAGGCGGAGGAUGGUGGUGGAUGUUCGGCUGGAGAACAAAGGAGAGAACGCAUACAACGCUCGCCUCAACAUCACCUACACACCCAAUCUGCACUUUUCUAGCCUCAUUGUCAAGGACAACUCGGACAUCAAAAUAGAGUGCUACAGCCAGGACAAACUGAGGAAUGAGAAGCUCUGCAAUGUCAGCGCACCCUUCAUGAGGGCCAAAACACAGGUAACAUUUCGCCUGGAGUUCGAAUUCAGUCGCACUACCUUCCUUGAUCAUCUCCGGGUUAUCCUGGAGGCCAACAGUGACGGUGAAGAAAAUAGCAAAGCCGAUAAUUUCAAUGAUAUCUAUUACUCGCUGAAGUACGAGGCAGACCUUCUCUUCACCAGGGAUUCUAAUCCGACUCGAUAUGAAAUCAAACCAGAGCUGUCACUGGAGGAGCCAGGCAUCAUCGGUCCUCCUUUCAACUUCACCUUCCAAAUCCAGAAUCUUGGAUACUUUCCGGUAAAGGAUUUGCAGCUGAACAUCGAGAUCCCAGAAAUGACAAAAAACGGCAACCAGCUCCUGCAGAUAUCCGACUUCCAUAUUGACCAGAGAGAUGGUACGCACUGUUUACCACCUCAGCAUGUGGCACAGAGCAGGGCAUCACCUGAAGACCUGUCACGCUUCUCCAGCUUGAACCGAUCCAACACACUAACUCUUCCAAUUCAAUGCACAGUCAAUGUGGCUUACUACAGAGAUGUUGCCUUUAGAAUCACUGGAGCACUUAGAAUAGAUACCUUACACGCGCUGAAGUUUAAAAUCCUGGAACUGGUGACCAGUGCAUCAGUGGAGCUCCCCUCCUCCAGCCCCAUGUUUUUACAUGAAGAGAGGCCUGUCAGACAUAUAAUACUGGAGAUCAGGAAGGAGGGAGAUUACAGAAUUCCUACUUGGAUUAUCAUUGGAAGCACGCUGGGAGGACUCUUAUUGUUAGCCCUGCUCAGUCUCGCUCUAUGGAAACUUGGAUUUUUCCAACGGCAAAAGAGAAGAGAAGAGGAUGAGCAGGAGGUCAACGGCAAAGUGGCAGAAGAGCGAUAACGCAGGCUGAGGGCCCCCAGCAGACACCCUUUCCACAGGGGACCCGACACUCAGGGACCAAUCCGCCUCCCCCCACAUGCUCCCUACCGCUGCAGUGGCACCGCGUACACAGCUCCACACGAUCAUUAUUGCUGAAGAAAGGCUUUUUCAGUGCACUGGAUCUGUCCUGCGCCUCAACCCCUGACCCCCAACAAUCAGCACUGUCACACUCACUUAGCAUUCCUGCACUGUUGCGACAUUAGGGCCUUCUGUGUCUGUCUUCCACUGGCCUGGAUGUCAUCUCUUCAGAGAUCUUGGAGCUCUAAUUGCCUCGGUUUCUGGCCGGAGCUCUGGUGGUUUUUCUGUCCGUUUUCUACAGAAGAAUAGAGCCACUUUCAGUCGAUCUGUUUCAAGAUUUUCAGGCCACUAUUUGCAUUUCAGGCAAAUGUUAGCCAGUCAUUCUUUUGUCUUUUCCUGAUGUGUAGGCUAUUUAUUUAACUCCUAUGGUAAAGUACAUGAAAAAAAAAAACCUCAAGGGUGUUUUCCCACCCAAAAG